UUUUUGCAGAAGCCGAAUGUGGGUUUUAUUUUAUGGAUGGAUUGCUUUAUAGUCAGCCAUACCCACUUUUCUGUAUUUCCUUUUUACAGUUUAGAUUAAAAAGAUAGCUUUUUGCCACCGAUUUUCGCUGCCAUUUCUCUAUAACCCAGAAGAAAGCUUUGGAUUUUAAAGCUCUCUACCCAGACUACUCUCUGGGUCUCUGAUUUCUUUUCUCUUGCUUUUUUAAUUGUGGGUGUUUGGUGGAGGAAAAGGUCGAGAAGCUGACUAGAGGAAUUCAAAGGCUUUUUUUAAUUAAAAGAUUAAGGAUUUGGGCGUUGAUUAUUGGGUUUUACAGUUCAUACCUUGUCACCAAAACGCGUUACUUCUCCGUGUUGAUUUCUUAUGUGCUUUAUUCUGCUUCUUUGUUGUCUUUGUUCUUGCUUAUUACUGUCGCAAUCGGAUCUGCGUUUGGCUUUGCGCUCUGACAUUCUCGCGGGUAUUGCACAUUAUCUCUUCCUUGUUUGUUGGAAUCUUUGCUUCUCUGUUCGGUUCCUGAGAAGAAACGAAAAGGACACAGCAAAACUAAGAAGAAUAACACGAAAAUUAGGAAUUUUCUGUUCUGGAUCAGCUGUGAGUUGCUGGCGAAGUGUUCGAUUUUUCUUUGUUAUAAUUGGGGGUUUGUGCUAAUUGCACUUGCGAUACUCAGAGGGGCCACUGAUUAUAAAAAUCUGUAGGAUUAUUUAGGUGCUUAGCAUUAGUAUGCUUUUGAGGCAAAUAGUUUGAUAGUUUGAAGGUCUUGGGCCUCUGGCAAAGACAGUGGUGAGGUAGUUAUGGCGUCUGGAGAAGGGAGGCGUCACCAUCAUAAUCUGGUGCCGCUGGCUGCACUGAUCAGCAGAGAGCUGAAGAGUGAGAAGAUGGAGAAGCCUACUGUCAGAUAUGGGCAUGCAGCUCAAUCCAGGAAAGGAGAGGAUUAUUUUCUGAUCAAGACUGAUGGUCAGCGAGUCACUGGAAAUUCUUCAUCAACAUUUUCUGCAUUUGCGAUCUUUGAUGGGCACAAUGGAAAUGCAGCAGCAGUAUAUACAAGGGAGAAUUUGUUAAAACAUGUAUUGGGUGCUAUUCCCCGUGGGCUAGGAAGGGAGGAGUGGCUUCAAGCUUUACCUCGUGCCUUGGUUGCUGGGUUUGUGAAGACUGAUAAGGAUUUCCAGAGUAGAGGAGAAACUUCUGGUACAACAGCUACCUUUGUAAUAGUUGAUGGAUGGACUGUAACAGUGGCAUCCGUAGGAGACUCCCGUUGUAUCUUAGAUACUCAGGGUGGUGCUGUUUCCACCUUAACUGUUGAUCAUAGACUUGAAGAGAAUGUAGAGGAGAGGGAGCGUGUUGCUGCAAGUGGUGGGGAAGUUGGAAGGUUGAGCAUUAUUGGCGGUGCAGAGAUUGGUCCCCUUCGUUGUUGGCCAGGGGGUUUAUGCCUUUCUAGGUCAAUUGGAGACAUGGACGUUGGGGAGUUUAUAGUUCCGAUACCAUAUGUGAAACAAGUCAAGCUAUCAAAUGCUGGUGGGAGGCUUAUAAUUGCUUCUGAUGGCAUCUGGGAUGCUCUAUCCUCAGAAAUGGCAGCACAAUCUUGCCGUGGGUUGCCUGCUGAACUUGCUGCUAGACAAGUUGUGAAGGAAGCCUUAAGGUCAAGGGGUCUAAAGGAUGAUACAACCUGCAUUGUGGUUGACAUAAUUCCUCCUGAUCAUUCAGUACAGCCUUCAACUCCACCCAAAAAGCAGAACAAGCUGAGGGCGCUGUUUUUCAGGAAGAAGUCACGCGAUUCUGCUAAUAAACUAUCCAAGAAGCUAUCAGCUGUGGGUAUUGUGGAGGAAUUAUUCGAAGAAGGGUCUGCCAUGCUUGCUGAAAGGCUGGGCAGUGAUGAGUGCACAGCACAAUCAACAACAUCUGGGCUGUUUAUGUGUGCUGUAUGCCAAGUUGACCUUGCACCGAGUGAGGGCAUAUCUGUUCAUGCUGGCUCUAUUUUCUCCACCAGUUCAAAGCCUUGGCAAGGGCCUUUCCUUUGUUCUGAUUGUUGUAACAAGAAGGACGCCAUGGAAGGAAAACGCCCGAGUGGAGUCAAAGUAGCGUAACUUGUUUGAUAUUGUUUCGCCACCAUUCUUUUAACCCUUCAUUCCCAUUUUUUUGUAAUCCAUUUUCGUAGGCCCAAGCAAUAUUGUUUGAAUCUUACUUUGAAUGAUGCAUGAAAUGUAUAUGUAAAUUUGAUAAAUAAUAUGAAAUGAGUUUUGGGAGCUGAGCAAGGUAACCUCGUUUGGUUUUAGGCUGUA